CCCAGCCCCAUCAACUCGUCCCAACAUCACGCCACCUGAUACAGAGGGAGCAGAAGUCAAGAUGGCAGCACAGCAAGCAGCUUGGAGGCAGUUCUUCACCUACAACAAGUAUGCGUCAAUCUGCGCGCGGGCGACCCGUCAGGGGCUCAAAGAGCAGGAGCGCGUCAAGGCUGACCGCCGAGGAGAGAUGUCGCUGAGGUACCAAGAGUGGAAGGAGGGUAAGGCGAGCGAUGCGAAAGAGGUUGCCAAGGCUGUCACUCCGGCCACCUCUGCUUGAACAUCCUUUCGGAGAAUUGCAUUCUUCCGUCCUGUGCAACCAUGAAGCUCAACACCGGGCCUGAUGCGCGGGUCAGUGUCGCACACCUACUAAGGCGUUAGACAAGAAGGCAAAUCGAUAUACAAUUGUUCUGCUACCU